GUUGUAUUGGCUGCAGUAUAUUUAAGUGUUGAGACACAGUAGUGGUCGCUUCGUAGUACAGUGUUGUAGCACAGUAAUGUAGUGGCAGGGAAGUGUUGUAAUUCUCAAGUGGGGCGUAAGCACAGCACAGAGUGUUUCCCGCUGCGUGUCAUGAUUAAAGAGUUUCUUUUCUGGCGGAGAGAAUGCACAUCACCUGUUGUUUCUCUGAGAGGGAAAGUAAAAUCAUUCCAACUCAAAAAUACGGCAUGGGGGAGGGUACAAUUUCAGUACGUUUGAAGCAAAAUACUCAAACAUCCUUAGAGGAAAAAUGGAGCACUGUUUAAGUAUUUCUACAUAUAUAGUGAAAGUGUGGGUACUCUGUGUAUGGAUGGUGUGUGCAGCAGUACUACAGUAAUGUGUUGCGAGACGGUUCCAUGAAGCUCUGUGCAAGUGAAGUCAUCUACCGCAUCUUAACCCACCCCUUCCCCCCACCGCCCACGCCGCGCAAGAAGUGACUUCCCUUGCGUGCACAAGCCAUCAUUACAGGGAGAGUGGCUUAGCCGGCUAUAAAAGGCGUGAUCUUCUUUCCUCACCAUCAUUCCAUCGUCUCCCUCAGUCAGCACAAUGGCAGCUCGUGUUCUCCUCGUGGUGGCAGCCCUGGUGGCCCUUGUGUCCUGUGAGCGUGGCUACUCAGGUGGAGGAGGUCGCUUCUCCGGUGCCGCCCUGCUGAACGACCAGAGAUCACAGAACGCCUACGGGGAGUAUUCCUUCCAAUACGAGACCAGCGAUGGCACCUUCAGGCAGGAGGAGGGUGCUCAGAACAACGGACAGGUGUCCCGCGGCAGAUAUGCAUUCACUUCUCCCGAGGGCCAACCCGUCGAAAUCGCCUUCACUGCUGAUCACGGCGGCUUUCAGCCCAGCGGAGCAGUGCUGCCCGUGCCCCCACAGCUGCCCUACCAGCGCGUCCAGGCCUUCAACCACUGAGCGACUUCCUCUAAAUCGGACAUUCGGGAAUGCGGGCUGCAUCUCUUCUGCAGUUCCUCAGCCCUUCGACCACCCUUCCCCAGACCAGCUCGGCAGCCCGGGAGUCGCCGCUGGUCGGCGAGUACCGUAGUCCCUCACCUUGUUCCUUCAGCACACCACCCACUCUGAAUUACUUUGUCUGUUGUAGUAUUUUACUUGUUAAUAAAUGAGUCGCGCCUCA